AAUUCAUCCCCCGCCCAAGACUGCUUGUCGUUCUAUAUACCAACGCAGACAUAGUACUCUGGCCACAGCUUGCCGCACUCCUCGACCCCAGGGUUCCAUUUGUAAAAGUCACUAACAAUUGUGCAGGUUAGCAAUCAGAAAUCUUCAUUCUUUUUUUUUUUUUCUUUUGUGUGUUUUCAGGUGAAGACUUACGUCAGCUCGAUGCCCGCCGAGUUGGCAAUGACCCAACACCCGUCGCCGGACUGAACAAAGUAGAACUUGCGGCAGCCGGAUAUCAUGCCCGGCUGGGUGGGUGUGGGCGUCGCUGGGGGAGGGGAAGCCGUGGUGGAAGUCGGCGGCACGACAGUGGCCGUACUCGUGACUCCGGGUAGCGUCGCGGUCCGCGUCGUAGGAGUGUCGGGCACGGCGACACAGUACCAAUAGUCGGCCUUGAUGCUGUUCUCACACGAUGAACCGACGGCGGGGUUCCACUUGAUAAAGUCGAAAAGCGAGAAGCGGCCGAAGAUGAGCACAAAUUGCUCGCAGGUCCAGGUCGGGCCGGUGGCUUUGAACCAGGCCCGACAGUCAGACACGAUGCCGGCUUCGACGGGCGAUGGCGCGCUCGUCUCGACGGGAGGCUCGGGGAUGAAGUUCUCCACCAGUAUGCAGUAGUAAUAGCCCAGCCACAAGCCGUCGCAGUUGCCGUUCAGGAAGGGGUGCCACGCCAGGAACUGCGCCUGCGUGAUGCUGUCGUGCUUGGCCACCACGUCGCGGCACGUCUCUCCCGGCUGGGUCAAGUAGUACUCUACGCAGUCGGUGGGUAGCGGCCCCUGGGCCGGCGAAGGCGCAAAGUUGUUGUCGACGGGCGGCAGCUCCACGGCCGUCGGGAUCACCAUGGGCGGGACGGUGGCGUUGUUGGUGACCGUGGGGAAGUCGAUGGAGAUUUGCGUCUGCGGCUGGAUCCCGACGCAGACGUACUUGUACAGGCUGAGGCCCAUGCAGUCGGACCCGACGGCCGGGUUCCAGAGGAAGAAGUCCUCGAUGCCCAUCCAGCUGCCGUGCUGCAGGACGAUGGCCCGACAUGAUUCGCCCGGCAUCACGAGGUGCCAGUCGUUGCAGUACGAGGGCUGACCUGCCUGUGUGUUCUUGGGUGGCCACUCCUCGGUCGGGACCGUGGGCGUCGUGAUGUUGAGGUCCGUCACGGGGUGGUUGAAGGUGUAUGAAGGAGUUGAGACAGGCGGCAGCACAGAAGUCGAGACGGCAGAGGUUGUCCGCGUGGCAAAAGUGGUCCGGACGGAUGCCGAAGUGGUCGGGACGGCAGUGAUGCUGGCGUCGACCGAUACGCAGUAGGCGUAGUCGGGCCAGAAGAACUGCAGACAGUCGCUCGAGACCGCCGGGUUCCACUUGAGGAACUGCGCCAGGGUGAUCUUGUAUCUCGCCGCCACAUUAUCACAGUUGUCGCCAGAGCCAGAGAUGACAAUAUGCCAUUUGUUGCAGUUCGGCGCCGUGCCCGGUUGGGUAGGUCCCGGCGGUGGGACGGCCUGCGAGGAGACGAGAAUCGGAUAAAAUACAAGCAGUCCGAAGACUACGGAAGCCAGAGUCGUUUGUCUCGUCGACAUUUUGGACGCCUCAAAGUUUGGUGAUGGUUUAGAGACGACCGACUGACUGACUACCUGACUUUUUUCGAUAGGAAAAAGGGGUAUUUGGCCCUGCCGGCAAGGCCGUGGACGUUGUCCACCUAAGGUUUUGUCAUGUUAUGCUAUAUCAGCUACCUACCUGCCUAUGUUCUGGGCUUACAUGCACGGCUAAUUUCCGGAGCUACUACAUAGGGGUCGCAAUCAGGGUCGCAUCGUCGGACAGUAGAUGGGAUACUGUGUCAGCGUCGCGAUGAAAAAAAGGUGUGGUUAUUUCCGGCUCACUACACCCAUUGAAAUUGUUGCCUGGUGAUGCAAAAACUUGAUCUAGACUUGAGGAAUUCGAGACUAUUGAAAAGAGAUAUAUUAAUUUGGCUGACGGCUAUGUGCCUGGCCGACCGUGCCAUCAAGCACCUAACCGACGACCCGAUCGACGACCCGAUCGAUAUUCAGGGUCCGGAAUGCUUAUCGUCAAAGUCAAUUCUUUUCAGAUACCUUGGCUUCCCGCUCUUUUUCUGUCUGAUUCAAGGCUAGAUAUCCAACCUCUUGACUUUCUUUCACAUAGGUACAGAGCAGCACAAAACACAGCACAGCACCUGUUCAGCCCCCCAAGACAAGACCCGUCAACAGCAAGCAUGCUGCUCGCAACGUACUCCAUCUUCCUCGCCGUCCUCGCAGGAGUGCAUCCCGUCCAAGGCGGAAGCGCAGCCUGGCAACCACAGCUUGGUCACCUCGCCAAACGCGACGUGGUGAUCCAAGCCGACCCGUCGGGCCACGCGGUCAAGGACGCCCUGGUCCGGCGUCACCUGGCUGUCAAGAAGCGCUACCUGACCAUCGACCCCAACUUGGGCGACGCCAGCCCUUGGCCCGACAAGACCAUCAACUACUGCUACGAGUCCAAGGCGGCCAGGAAAAACCUGCACAAGGACUUUGUCGAGGCGUCCAAGAUGUGGAAGACGGCCGGCCUCGCCGCGGGCGUGUACAAGUACAAGGAGGUGGCUAGCCCGGGCUCGCCCUGCACCGGCCACGCGGACCGCGCCAAGAUCCUCGUCGUGCGCAUCACGCCGGGAGACCCUCCGGAGGAAGGGGAAGAUACUCCGGAGGAAGGCGAGAACCCAGCGGGUUGGGCCACUCUUGGCAUCGAGCCGCUCAAUGCCGACUCCAGCUACAAGGGGCCCGAGAUGUACAUCAACACGGACCUGCGCUACAAGGGGAGCGGGGAAAGCCGGUCGCGCUUCGUCGGAACCGUGGCGCACGAGCUGGGCCACGUUUGGGGCCUGUACCACGAGCACCAGAACCCCCUGUUUUGGGAAUUGCCCUACUCUUCGUCAGACGGCAAGGUCUUUGGCAAGAACUGGUUCUGCCAGAAGGUCCGCGGCUACCAGAGGUCGGUCGACUUAAUCAAGAGCAAGUUCCCCAACGACGCUGCCGAGGUGCAGCACCAGACGGAAAACAUGUGCAGGUGGGCCUCGUUUGCAAAGGACUAUAAAUUCCCCGGCGCAGACUACCUCCCCGAGCAGUCGACGGCCGGCAAGUUCUACCCGGCCGACAUCCCGAGGCGGGCCGCCACCAACGAGCACGUCGAUUGGGCCUCCGUCAUGAUAUACGAUGGCGAGGACUUUCUGCUCAAGAACGACGGGUCCGAGGUUUACGAGAACAACAGGCCGUCCCAGGCCGAUGUUCUCGGCAUCAGGCGCAUCUACGAGGAUAGCUUUUCUUCCCACGAGUUUCCCACCCUGGCCAACUCCAAGAAGAGCAAGUGGUAUACGAAAUGGAAGGAUAUGGUAAAUCGCGCAAUUUGCAAGGUUAAAGGAUAAGGUGCCAUGUGCAGAGUAUAUAGUAGGUAGAUAGCAAAGUGGCUGGCAGAUAAGCGGGGCGCCAAACAGCCAAAAUCCAGCAACUUUGCAAUAAGUUACCAAUCUCAGAGUUUAUACCAACAACGCAGAAUCUUUAGAAAGUACUUUCAAGUUGGUGCACUUGAAGUUUUGAGGGAGAUUUUGCUGUCUUGCUUUUACUGUCACCCACUUUUGAUAGUUACCGAGGUAUUUAUGAGGCAGGUGGACAAGUUAGUCUGGCUUCAAGAUGUGAUUAGGUAGAUGGGGG